AUGGAGGUUCUGCUAGCUUGGAUAUUGAGGAGAGAAAGGCAAGUUUACAUCGUUUACAUGGGGUCCCUUCCUGAGGACCCAACAUAUUCACCAUCAGCGAGCCAUCUCAGUAUAAUUCGACAAGUCGUUGAUCCGAGGAGGUGUGCCUACAAUUGUCUGGAUAGAGAUCUUGUCAAGGGGAACAUUGUGGUUUGUAACGUAACUUCCUCCCUGGAGGCAUAUUAUGAAGUUAACCGAACAGGCGGUGUUGGUGUGAUUACUGCCAAAGAUAUGAGCGGCGCAGGCAGUGCUUUUGUUACUCCAUUUCCGUCCUCAGCUCUCAGUCCUCCGCUAUUCCAGCGAGUGGUAGACUUCAUCAAUUCUAAAAAAUCGCCUACAGGGAACUUGUUCAGAAGUCUAGCUAUUAAAGAUGAUGGCACUGCACCCAAUGUUGCUCCCUUCUCGUCCAGAGGGCCUAGUGUUUAUAACAUUCUUAAGCCGGAUAUAACUGCACCUGGAGCCAAUAUCCUGGCGGCCUUCCGCCCUAUUGUUUCUCCCUCAGGCGUUUCUAAUCUUGAUCACAGAUCGGUGGAUUACAAUUUCUUAUUAGGAACAUCAAUGGCGUGCCCUCAUGUCACUGGGGCAGCUGCAUAUGUGAAAUCCUCACACCCCCGCUGGUCUGCUUCCGCAAUCAAAUCGGCUCUGAUGACUACCGCUUGGAAGAUGAAGCCGAGCGACGCGUACCAUGGGGGAUUCGGAAUUCUCGUACGGAGCAGGACACCUGAACCCGAUACAAGCCGCGCACCCAGGGCUUGUUUACGAGACGUCACAAACAGACUACGUCAGAUGGAUCUGCGGCAAGAACGUAUCUGCAAAAGUGGAGAAGUUGUUUGGAUACAAUGUGGGCUCCGGUGGAGUGAUUCCCCUCCAAGACGAAGAUCUGAACUACCCACCCAUGUCCGCUAAGUUGUGGGAAACCAGACUCUCACAUUGACGUUCACAAGAACCGUUAAGAAUGUUGGUCUACACAACUCAACGUACACCGCGGAAAUCACCAGCUGCUCCCCGAAUCUGGACAUCACCGUUCAUCCAAACUCUCUUUCUUUCGACCAACGUCACACUACCAUGUCUUUUGCAGUGACAGUUCAAGUCGGAUCUUUCCAAGGCUUAGCAUCGGCGCCACUUGAGUGGUACGAUGGCAAUCAUACUGUGAGGAGCCCUAUUGUGGUUUUCACAGACAACUGAUUGCCUCGUCUGUGGAAGUCAGAACAAAUACAAAUAAAAUAAAGUGGAAUUUUUAUAAUUUGGUUGGCU